GUGUUAUCAUCCGCGUCCCCUAAAAUCAACUAGGGUUUUAGCUAUCGCCUUUCACCAUUUCUGCUCAGUGAAAAUGUCUUCUCUAAUGGCGAUUCGUUGCGCGCGUACCCAGAAGAUCUUCACAGUAGGUUCCCUGCUUCAGGUACGCUCUUCUCUCCCCCAUCUAUCCUCUCGAUUCGCCUCCGUUACCCAAACCUUCGCCCUUAGCUCAACCGCGAGCAAAAACCUCAGCACAUCCGCCUCCGCGAGUGACUAUCACCGGAAUCCUCACCCCGUCGCAUCUUACCCUCCGCCGCAACGGCACAAUCCAUCUCCGGGGUUCGAUUCCCAGCGUUUCCAAAACCAAUCAAACGCUCCUCAAAACCAGAGGUUUAACCCUAACCAAUCGAAUCCUCAGCACGGCGGUUACAGACCUCCUCAACACCGCGGAGGCGGUUACAAUCAGGUCAAUUAUCAGAACCAGAACGUUCAGAGCAACGAGAUAGCCCCAACCGUGGAUGAGAUAGUCCGCUUGUGCAAGCUCAGGAGAUACAAAGACGCGAUCGAGCUGCUCGAUAAGGGAGCGAUGCCUGACAAAGACUGUUUCUCUCUGCUCUUCGAGUCCUGCGCCAAUCUGAAAUCCCUCGAGCAUUCCAAGAAGGUGCACGAUCACUUCCUUCGGUCCGUCUUCAGGAGCGAUCCGAAGCUGAACAACGUGGUCAUCGGUAUGUUCGGGGAGUGCAGCAGCGUCACCGACGCCAAGAGAGUGUUCGAUCACAUGGCCGACAAAGAUAUGGAUUCUUGGCACGUGAUGAUGCGCGUGUAUAGCGACAACGGGAUGGGGGAUGAUGCGUUGCAGAUGUUCGAGGAGAUGACGACGAAGGUAGGGAUGAGACCUAACGAGGAGACGUUCGUUGCUGUCUUCUUGGCUUGUGCUGCUGUGGGUGGGAUAAAGGAAGCGUUUCUGCAUUUCGAUUCGAUGAAGAACGAGUUUGGGAUUAGCCCCGGGACUGAGCAUUACUUGGGUGUUUUGGAUGUUCUUGGGAAAUGUGGGCAUCUCGUCGAGGCGGAGCAGUACAUCCGCGGGCUUCCUUUCGAAGCCACGGCUGAGUUCUGGGAAGCUAUGAGGAACUAUGGUAAGAUUCAUGGAGAUAUUGAGUUAGAGGAUUACGCGGAGGAGUUGAUGGUUGGUCUUGACCCUUCCAAGGCUGUGACCAACAAGAUUCCUACUCCUCCUCCUAAGUCAUACAGGGAGACGAGUAUGCUUGCUAGUAGGAGUAGGAUUCUCGAGUUUCGGAAUCUGACUUUGUACAAGGAUGAAGCUAAGGAGUUGGAUGCGAAGAAAGGAGCGGUUUAUGUUCCAGACACUAAAUGUGUUCUGCAUGACAUUGACGAGGAGGCUAAACAACAGGCGCUGCUCUACCACAGUGAGAGGCUAGCGAUUGCUUAUGGUAUUAUAUGCACCCCGCCUCGGAAGUCUCUGACAAUCAUCAAGAAUCUGCGCGUGUGUAAUGACUGUCACAACUUCAUCAAGAUCACGUCCAAAAUCAUUGGUAGAACGUUGAUCGUGAGAGACAACAAACGGUUCCAUCACUUCAGUGACGGCAAAUGUUCUUGUGGCGAUUACUGGUAGAGAGCUCACUGGCUCUUGCGUGGCGUGUUCCCAUCAUGUAUAGCGCUCCAAAGUCUGCUUGAAACUCUGCUUGAUGUUGGGAAUUGCAAUAGUAUUUUCUAUGCUGUAACAAAUUUCUUUUGCUUUAGACCUUUUACUUGAGGUAUUAAGUUUGUGUUUCUCGUGUUAUGGCAGAACAUUGGAGAUGUCGGUUUAAAGUUGCAAGAAUUCAUGUUUAAAAAAAGUUAAAAAGAAA